AUGUUCGGCUCCACGAGAUGCGCCAUAAAUCGCGGUGGCUUCUGUUCCAUCCCUUUCGCUAAUCUCCUCGUUUCCCUCAUUGCGAUAUCGGGUUUUAGUCUUGCCGACCAGAUUGUCUCGGCGCAGGACAACGAUAACCUCCUCAGCAGAUCCGGUCUUGUUCUUGGAACCACAGAUGAGGUGCGGCCUAUCUCCGUGCCUAUUACUCAAUGGCUCGGGAGCUCGGGGGAGAAUUCGCUCAAGGAUACAGUAAGGACCGCGACCCUCGCUGGAAAUCUCAACCUCUACGAUUCGAGCUCCAACACAGAGCUGACUGUUGCCGACUUUGCAUAUAUCGACUGUGACAAGGAGAACGCUACCCAAGCUUAUCAAAACCUUGUGUCAAACCGAGGCGUGCAGGGUGGAAGCAUACCAUAUGCAGCAAUAUUCUUCACUACGAAACACGAUUACUGCAAGUGGCAGGGUACCGAGAACUUCACAUCUCCCUAUAUAUUAACCACCCUGGAACGUCGAAGAGCAGCUGCUUUCCAGAACCUGCUAUUGACGACCAAGACGCCUGUGACCGUCAGUGUCUCCUACAACGAAUCCGACGACGGAGCGAUGCCGGACUCUGGAACCAAUGAGCAUAGGAACGAUCCCCAGAAUCCCCUCGGGCCAGCACCUUCCACGGGUGUUGCUUUGAUAAUCCUAUACAGCAUCACUGGUGUCAUCACAGCCCUUUUCCUUUUGAUAAUUGUUACCGGAGCCAUUCGAGCCCAUCGUCACCCGGAUAGAUAUGGACCCAGGUCGACGGCUCGCUUUGGUAGACCAAGGCAAUCUAGGGCAAAGGGACUUGCCAGGGCUGUUCUGGAUACACUUCCAAUCGUGAGAUUUGGUGGGGCCAAGGAAGGGGGCGUCAAAUCGGAUGUUGAAUUACAAGAACCGGCAGCACACGCAUCGGAUGUGGAUGGAUUGGAGAGGUCGACAACCCAAGUUCUACCGUCCCAGGCUAUCCCGGCCGCAGGAACUCUUGCGGCGGUACCACGGUCCGAUGCACCGGCAUCCGCAGCAACAGCAACAACAGGCGAAGAGGAAGCGACUGGGGAAGUAGGAGUGGGGAUAGGGGCAGGAGAAUCCCAAGCAGAGCUUGAUGUUGACCAAGUGCGCUGUCCAGUUUGCCAGGAGGAUUUUGAACAAGGUCAAGACUUGCGUGUGCUGCCUUGCCGCCAUAGUUUCCACCCGGACUGUAUCGACCCAUGGCUCCUAAACGUAGCAGGCUCGUGUCCAUUGUGCCGCAUAGAUCUCCGCCCGGAUGACCAACGCCAGAGCUUCGAAACUCCCCCACCAGAACCAGACUCCCCACCCCAUAACCGGCAUUCCCAAGGCUCCAGAUCCACCCGCCACAUUGACAACGCACGACAAGGACAAACAGGAGAAGAACGCGUGGAAGCCCUCCGCCAGCUCCGUGAGGAGAGCGGGGCCAACGGAGGUAGGCACCGAGGUCUUACCCCGGAGCUUGGUCUAAGCCGGCUAAGACACUUCCUGGGAAGACGCAUGGUGUCAAAUCGUGGAUCUACUAUGGAGGGAGAUGCUCUUGCUAGGGGUGGUGAUUCGCCGCCUGGAGUCCCGGCUUCGGCUACGAUUCCGCCCGAAGGCGGCGCAGCAGCCGCGGGUGAUACGAGUAAUCCGAGUGAUGUGGGCGUGAGUGAGAGGAGGAAUUAGUGAUCUUGUCUUGCACAAGUGCAUUGCAUCGCGUCACAUUCGGAUUGGCCCUGUACCAGCCAUGCGAUGGCUAUUUUUAACCUGCACUUGAUGAUAUAUCUACACAACAAACGUCCUCCGUUGCUUCCUUUCUCUUCGUUUCUUCCAAGGCUCUCUCCCUGCUUUCUCUCUAAAUAACACCUUUUCUCAUUUGUCACUGUCGGCGCAAAAAUUCGGAUUGGUAUGGUAUUUGCUUUCAUUUUUCUUCUUUCUUCGCUCACAUAUCCAUUCAUUAUUGUACAGCCCCCAUCCCGAUACAUCCCCACCCCUCCCAGCACUGUAAUUUCCUCCUCCCUCCUUUCUUUGUAUUAUAACACCCGCAUCUUCCUUUUUUGGUUUUGCCUUCUUGUCUGGUUUGGUUCGGUCUGGUAUGGUCUGCAUGGGUCCACGGGUUUUGUCAGGUUUAGGGUUAUAACAUUAGUGAGGUUUUUUUUUUUGUUACCCGGGAUUUUUUAGUUCACCUCAUUUUAUUUUUAACGAUAAACUAUCUUACAAUACAAUGGGCUAUUUAUUUCA